AUGGCGGGCUCCCAGCUGCCGCAGCCGCUUUUGUUGCUGGCUCUGGUGCUGCUGCUGAAACCUGGUGGGAGUUCAGGAACUGCCAGUGUCACCUCUACAGGGGCAACCUCCACCAUGCAGCCCACCUCCUCACAAGCAGAGACAGUCACCCACUCCAACUCCGGCUCUCCCAGUUCAGAGCACACCCUCACCUCCCACUCUAGCCCCCUGAGUUCCAUCUCCUUGACCACCCUGCAUAGGGCCCCACUCACCCCAAUCUCAGCACGGUGCCUUCCUCCGUGUGACACUGGGGCCCCCGAGUUGCACGGGAACCCAGGUGUGGUGGUGGCCGUGUGUCUGCUGGUGUCUGUUUUGCUCAUCGGAUGUGUGAUAAUGGCUGUGAGGUGCUGCCACAAAGGUGUGUCUGAGUUCCAGAAGCUGGAUGAGGUAUCCAUGGGGGGCUUGUGA